AACAAUUAUAACAGAGGCCCUGGCUUUACAGAUGAGGAACUUGGGCCACGUGAUUCACCCCAGGUCAUUUCUCCUGGAAGAGCAGGGCUACGUUUCCCAACCUGCAGGCCAGGCUUCAGUUCUCGGCCUAAUGACACUUCACGAGACAGGGGGGAUAUGGCUUUUCCUCUAUGGGGGCUCAGGGCUGGGGGGGCUCCUGCUCCUGGUUGUGGUCGUUCUGUCCGUCUGCCUGUGUCAGCUCCAGGGGAAAGUGAGGAGGCUGGAGAGGAGCUGGGCCCAGCUCUCGGAACAGGAGCCCCACUAUGCAACCCUGCUGAGGCUGCCAGUGCGGGAGCACCCUCCCCAAGGAAGGGAAGGCGACAAGGAGGACCUCAGUUCGGACUACGCCUGCAUUGCCAAGGACAAGCCCACCUGAGCCCCCCCAGCCGCCUCCCCUAACCUGAGCGGGUAGUCAGGGCUGCCCUAUGGUUCCCCCAGUAAAGACUAUUACCACCUUC